AGGAGGAGGAGAGGAAAGAGAAAACAUCAGCAAGCCGACAAGAAAGGAAGAAGCGAGUGGAGUUUUUUUUUCUUUUCUUCUUAUAAAGAAAGAAACCCGCCAGGCUAAACGAUUACUUUACGCGGACGAUGAGGGCGAGAAAUGCAGCGUCGAUUCUUUCAAGACGAAACAGAUCAGUUUAUCAUCCGAGUAUUUAAGUUGACAAGGGCUGUUGUGUUGUGAUUGGCAGGUCCCAGUCACAUGGAAGGUACUUUUGGUUAGUAUCUGCUGGCUCUCACCUCCCAUGCCCACCCCUGGGAGUCAACAUCAGGAUGAAGAAGAUCAGCCUUAAGACUUUCAGAAAACCGUUCAACAUAAAGGGCAAAGAAGAUGGAGAUUUCAUGAUGCUCCAGAAACCAUCACUGGCCUCCGAGUUCACAAAAGACGACUCGCUCUUCGGAGGUUGCUACACCAAGGAGCUGGCCUGUGACCUCCAUGGAGAUGAUGUGAGGGGACACAAAAACAGGUCCAAGAGCGAGAGCCUUAUGGGCACUUUAAAAAGGAGGCUGUCUACUAAGCAGAAAACAAAAGGUAAAGGAGGGUCAACCUCAGUGGGCUCUGGAGAUGAUGAUGACAAUUUUUCUUCUUCUUCAGUUCCCAUAAGCUUUAAUGAAGUCAAAGCUCAGCGGCCAUUAAGAUCCUCCUCCCUCCGCAGCCAUCACUAUAGUCCUUCUCCGUGGCCUAUUAGGCCUGUCGACCCUGAGGAAGCCUGCAUAAAGAUGGAGGUGAAGGUAAAAGCUAUGGUUCACACUCCUAGCCCCAGCCCCUCUCUGAAUGGCAUCAGAAAGGAUUUCCAUGACAUCCAGAUAGAGGGACUUUUCAAUGAUCAGAAGAACAUGGAGUCUCAGAAUGGUGACUUCGAAGAACAUGUGCCUGUUGUUAUUGGACUUGCGCCUCAGGAUUACAUCCAGUACACAAUGCCUUUAGAUGAGGGAAUGUACCCUGAUUCUUCUCACUCAUUCUGCUUGGACGGUUCCUCACCCAUGGAGGUGAUGGAACAAGUCGAUGCUGACUCGCUGAAUGUGGACCAGGGCCAGGACGACCAUGACCUACUGUCGUCAGAUAUGCUCAUGGACCAGUCUGUGAGCGGACUCCUCCUUGGCAACCCAGGAAUAGUCCUUCAAAGUUCUAGAGCUGAUGCUCCUUCACUUUCCCCAUCCCUUUCUCCUCUUUCCAGCAGUGAAAUUCCAAGAACCUAUUCUGGCUUUGGCGCUGCGGAUUCACACGUUGCCGAAAGGGUGAGACACCACCUUAAUUUUGAUCCAAAUUCUGCUCCUGGUGUUAGCAGGGUCUACGAUUCGGUCCAAAGCAGUGGACCCAUGGUCGUGACGAGCCUUACGGCGGAGCUGAAGAAACUGGCCAAGCAGGGUUGGUACUGGGGACCUAUAACCCGCUGGGAAGCUGAAGACAAGCUUCUCGACCUUCCGGAUGGUUCCUUUCUGGUUCGCGACAGCUCAGAUGAUCGCUAUCUCCUCAGUCUGAGCUUUCGAUCACAGGGCAAGACGCUCCACACUCGAAUUGAACAUUCUAAUGGCAGGUUCAGUUUUUAUGAACAGCCUGACGUAGAAGGUCACACGUCCAUAGUAGACCUCAUCGAGCACUCCAUAAAAGACUCAGAAAAUGGUGCAUUUUGUUACUCCAGAUCGCGCCUGCCGGGGUCAGCCACGUACCCGGUCCGACUGACCAAUCCUGUCUCCCGGUUCAUGCAAGUGCGCUCGCUGCAGUACUUGUGCCGAUUCGUCAUCCGCCAGUACACCCGCAUAGAUCUGAUUCAGAAACUGCCUUUACCAAACAAAAUGAAAGAUUACUUGCAGGAAAAGCACUACUGAAUUGGGAGACAGUAGUAACUUGCACUUUGGGUUAAAGUGAUGAGUCGUUAAAAUGGUUUACAAGACAUUUGUGGAUUUUAUUUCAUUUUUUUGAAUGUUUGGUUUCAUUUGCUUCAUUUGUGUCAGAAGCAUUUUUUUUUUUCUUUUUCAGUUUCAUUAUGGAUUCGCACGAAAUUUGUUGUUGCUUAGAUUCCGUAUCGGAUGUUUGCGUGUGAUUUCAAAGGUACACUCUGGUUUUUGGAUCAAAAGGGCGCUGGUGAUAUCUUGGGAAAUGACAACAUCUUACUUCUUGUCAAUAUAUCCAAUAUUUUCCAUGUUGAAAUUGUUGUAAGGGUAUUGAAGCUUCUAGAUGUUUUUUUCCUUGAGAAAUUGUCUUAUUCCAUUUGCAGAUACUUUUUACAAGCAAAAUAAGACCUUUAUUUUUUUUUUAACUGGUAAAACAUGACCUGCCUCAAAAUGAGAAAUAUUAGAUGUAUUGACUAGAUUUGAGAUGAUUUACUUGCCAAAGUAUCUAUUUAUACGGUGGGGAACCUGCCACAUCAGUUUAAAAAAACAAACAAACAGCAACCUAAACAGUUUUAUGCUAAUAGAUUAGUUCAUGCUGUCAUUAUAAACAGUGGCAUUACCAUCAGUCAUAUGGUCAAGGCUGAUGUUUGCAAAAAUGCUCUGGCUGAUCAGAGUGUGGCUUUAACAAUAGUUACAUAUCAAAAUGUUUAACAUACUUGGGAUGCUGAGGAUUUUAAUUUGCAUUAAUGUCACACAAUUUGCUAAUACAAACAUCAGUACAAGGGCAAGAUGAUUGGUUCCUAAACUAACAUUGAGGCGUCAUUCUAAACAUAGUUAAAUUACGCUGUCUGUGAGGAACUAGGAAUCUUUAUAUUUUGAAGUAUUACGUAUUUUUAUACUUUUUUGCUGUUGUAUACUAUUAUGUGAGAUGAUGUCAGCCAAUUCUGGCCUUUUUUGAUAGGAAAGUUUCCUCUUUAGCUGAACUCGGUACUUCUGGUUAGGCUAAGUUUAGCGGAUUCAUUAAAUUGGGGUUGAAAAAUACAUUUCAGAUGAUUGCUUGUAAAAUUAUUAGAUGUUUAAAUGUGAACGUGACUGAUUUAGCUAAUAAGGUGCUUCCCAUGAAGUUCUCAUUAUAGAUACUUGAUAAGUUUACUGUUAUCAGUACGAGGGCUGUGACUGUCAGUUAUAUUAGUUAUACUGUAUUUUUUAAACAAGGGCAAGUGAUAAAAAUGGAUUUAGUUGGAUAAUAACAAACCAUUCAGAGCCGUUUUAAAAGAUUCCAGACUAUGCUGUUGGGGGAAAAUAGCCUUUAAAAACACUUAAUUAUAUAACUGAAAAUAUAAAAAAAAAAUAUGUAAACGUUAGAUUUGUUGGGAAGGUAAAGUUGAAUUAAAUUAAAUUCAGUAAAUAAAUUUAAUUGUCAUGAUGACAGCCCUGCUCAGUACAUAUCAUGCAUAUGGAGCCAACCUCUGCCCAAAUAACUUGUAGCCGCUCUUCUGUGAUGUAGUGAGGUUUACUGCGAAUAACCUUCAGCUCUCCUUUUCUUCACUUGUAUGUUGUCUUCUUGUCGUUAUCCCAAGCUAUGAAGCCUCCUAAAUGUGCUGCUCCUUCUGUAAGCCAAGAACAGAUGCUAGUCAUUCCCUGUUUAUCAUAAAAAGGACUUCUUGCUCAUUCCGUUUGCUCCAGAUGACUUUCAAGACUAGCAAUAAUAAGUGAUAUGAAAUCUUCAAUGGCAGCUACGCAUGAGCUGAUAUCUUCUCCCCUAAAGUGAACGCAAGCCCUCAAAAGUAGCUAGACGUAAAUUUAGACUUUAAUGCGUUUUUUUUCCUGAUAUAUUUUGGUGUAAACAAGACCGGACUGACCUUCCAGACUGAUGCUGAGGUUCUUUGAUUAUUGCAUCCAUUACAUUUUCCAGGUCUUUGCAACAACAAAUGUAAGUUUUAACACUGCUGCGUAAGAAAGCAGAUGUAUUCUGUUUGUUUUGGUAUGUUUAUAAUCAGAAUUUUUAAAGGUUCCAGAAAAUGCCAAGGAUUUCACUGUGGAAAAAGGGAACAGUUAAAGAAAGCUGGCUUUUUAUUUUAAACAUCGUUUGUAUAUGUGUCACUUGUGCUUCAAACAGUAUUUCAUUGAAUUAUUUUAAUCUUCUGUUGAUCAAUAUUGCCUUUUUUUUGACACACAAACAUAUCAACGUAAAAUGUUAGAGAAUAAAUAGGGGUACUCUUAAUAAGACUUGUAGCCCUGGAGUGGGUGCAAGGUCGUUUGCCCUUAAACUGCAAAAAUGGUCUCUUGGCAAGGGAAAAUACCUGAACUCUAGUCAAAAUAUGUAAUAUUACUCAUUUAGAAAUUCUUGUGUAAAAAUUUAAAUGUUAAUUUUUGUUUUAGGCAGUACCAGUUAAUUUACAUUGUUUUCAGAAAUACUGCCUGAAACAGACAUAUCAUUUUUCAGGACUCUUAAAGAGGGUUCAAGGGUUCAGCCAUAAAUACAAAACAUUCUCUAUCAAUCUGAAGUAUCCUUUCACGAAUGCAGAGAACCAUUAAAUCACACAAAGGGUUCAUUGAGCGUUCAUGGUCCUAUAAAGAACCAUUUUCUUUACUAAAGAUCCAUUGAAGAACCAUCUUUUUGUGGAAACAAAUUGUGUAUGAAACAAUUGAAGAACCCUUUUCAAAAAGGCUCUUUAUAGAACCUUCAACAGCACAUUCGCCAUCGUUCUGAAAAACACUUUCAUGAUGCAAAGUACCCUUUAAUCAUGGAAAGGGUUCUUUGAGUGUUCACAACUUUUUUUAAAGAACCCUUGAAGAACCAUCUUUAAGUCUGAAGAGGAAGUAAAACAAAAUGUCUAGAAACGGGUUAGAUAUUGUUAUAAAAUUCUCACAACAAUCUCUAAAUGACAAAUGAUCAAUCUCAGAUCAUUUUACUUGCCAAGAAAUCAUUAUUUGCCGUAGAAUGAAAUGGUUUUGAUUGGAACAGAUGCACAAUAAGCAGAGAAAUUAUUGUAAAAUGUGGGUGUUUACAGUGGCGGCCUAUAAAAAUCCUUAGGAGCACAAUUUUUAAUUUAAUUUGGCUUGUUGAGGGCAGUAGGGCUGCAUGAUAUAUACAUAAUACAAGUAUUGCGAUUCUAACUAUGCUUAUUUUAAUUACGUGCUGCGAUAGAUUAAAACCACUGUCACAAGGUUAAAAGCUAUGUUCAUUAUUACAAGCCCAAGACCUCAUUGCUCAGUUCCAAUUUUUUGCUAAAAUCUGAUCUUCUUAACCUGAUGGUUCACAAUCGUGUGGGUAAGUGACUCAGAUCCAUCACUAAUGUGAAGGAAUCUGUGUCCUGAAACAAGCCGCAUGCGCUCAUCCCAAUUAAUGUGGUGAAUGAAUCACAUGCGUCAUGAACAACAAACUAACCAGCAGAGCACACCUUCGUCACAAAGAUAAUUUGUUCUGAGCAGUUCUCAGCUGAUCAUUAUUAGAGCGAGACGAAGGAGAAAAAGGCUGAGAUGCUGUUUAUUGGCACUUCGGGUUAGGUGCUGCUUCCACAUUAACACUGAAUGACGGGGUGCAGUGAAGAAAUAACACAGGAGUUCUGAGAUGACUGCUCUUAUUAAGGUCGCAUGGCCACGCAUUGUUUAUGUAGAUGAAUCGGAUCUGAUUUGAAAAGAUCAGAUUUCUGUGUCCACACUGCUCUGAAAAUAUCCAGUGUGUCCUGGGUCACAUUAAAGCAGAAAAUUGGAUUUGUGCUACUUUGGUCUGGAAAUGUGAACGUAGCCCAAGAUCGUCCUGUCUAAAGUAACUGACACUUCUUGGGUUAUAGGAAUACCUUGAUUUGUCAAAACACCCAUGGGAACUCGUCUUGAGCUGUGAUUGAUCAGGAUGCCCACAUCACACAGUAAACUAUACAGGGCUCUUUUGCAUAAUAUCAGUAUUGCAAAGGGUGAUAUCAUGAUAACAGUAAACAAAGAGCAUAUUGUGCAGCCCUAAAUAUGGGAUCAAAUAUAUCAUUGCUGAAAAUGUUCAGAAGAAAGGGAAAAAUACUUUCUAAAAAAGGAAUUACAUUGGUUUUUAAAGAUUUCAGUGUAAUUAAACUGUGUAAACAAAGUCAUUUUGAGUGGUUUGAUGUGUACAGAAGCCCUAAAGAACCAUGGAUUUAUAAUGUUUUACUGAGUUUUGACAUGAUAAUGAAAUAUUUUCAUUAGUGUUUUUUCAAGAUCUUGUGAUGUUUGUCAUUAUCAUGGCAAGUCGAAUGUUUUCUGGAGAUCUCAAUUUAUAUCACUACCACAACAUAAUAAGCACACUGCAAAAAAUGAUGUUUAGUAAGUGAAAAUUUCUUCAAUCUAGUGUAUCUUUUAGUUCUCAUCAUGAGCUUAUUGUAAGGAUAUUGUAAUAUUGGUUUAUAGACCUUUUUGUUGUAUUAUUCCAUUGGCAGAUCAUUUCAUUUGUUUUAAGUGUUUCAUUACACAAACAAAAUGAUCUUAUUUCCCAAAACAAGUGAUCUGCCAAUGGAAUAAGACCCUUUCACAAGAUAAAAUUGCUUAAAACAGGUACAAAUGUAUAGAAACAGGUUGAAUAACAAUCUCAUAAUGAAAAUUCUCAACUACUUUUCAAUUUAAUGACUAUUUUACCAUCAUCAGUAAAAUAGAAAGGCACAUGUAGGUUCACUCUUUUUGGAUAAAUAAAAUGGCUGUUUUUGUGUUGUAGACUUCACAAACUCUGGUUCUUAUCUCCACCACUGUAAAGAAAUGAGUCCGUUUCACAUCAGACCACUCUGAAUGACUUUACAUACAUCUCAACCUUUGAAUUAUGCAGAAAUUAGGAGAAAUCACUGACUAAACUCCAGUUCAAUUUCAUGUAAAUUAAUGUAAUGAUGUUUUGUGGACCUAAUGUUUUCAAAUGAUAUAAUAAAUAAUGAAGAUACAAGUUUGAGCUCUGACAGCAACAUCAGACUGCAAAAAGAGUCCAGUUUCAGACAUGAAUGAGUGACACGUUGGAGCCUGUAUUGCUCCUAAGGAAAUUUGUCUGAUAAAAGCUUGUACAAUAGUCUCCUCCGCAAAACAUGACAACAACACCCUCACAGAUAAUUUGAAUGAAUAGAGUGCUAGAAAUUGCUUGUGGUUACAAACAUUUAUUAGAGGAGUUCAUUGAUGUGGAAAUACCUGAGGAAGAGGAAUUGUUCUCUCCUUCAAUGCUUUUCAUUUUCAAAGAUGUGAGCACAUUGUUGGUUCUUGUUGGAGGUGAGAGUGGGUAGGAGGGGUAAUCGGGGGAAAAACUAGCAGUGCUUGAUUUGGAAGAUGCUAAAUUCAUAUAUGCUUCAGGAAUAUUGUUGUUAAUUACUUUGACCACGUCUGUUUUGUUUUAUGCCAAGUAAAUUUGCUCCCCUUAAAGAAUAAAGGCAUCAUCGCUGUCAAAACAUUGUAUCUCCAAAAUGGUAAUUUUACAGGAAGAAGGAAAAACAUGAUUAACUUUGAUUAACUAAAAGUUUGACCAAAACCAACAGGAUAAACAUAAAAUAAACAUACUGAAAUGCUUACAUUAUGUAUAGAUUGUGCCACGAAAUCCAUGGUUUACCUUUCAAUUCCCUCAUGAUUUUUCUAUUAUUAGGAAGAAAAUUGUCCUUUGCAUUUUUAUUUGUUGAAAGAGGUUCCAAUGACUCCGAAUGUGACUAAGCUGAUGUUGAGUUAGAAUGUUUGUAGGCUGUAAAUUCAGGUUUUGCAUUUGCGCUGACAAGCCAUAUAACGGUUCACUUUGACUCUAGAUUGCAUUGAAAUGAUGGACAAAUGGAAACUGGUGGAUACUUGACUAGCAUAUUGAACAUGUGCGUGUUUGCUUUUAUUUGUGCUUUUUACACAACAUGCGAUCUGUUCCGCUUGAGGCACUGCUGAAAAGGUAGCCAUUGUUUUUAUUAAAGGAACCAGUGCAGUAUAAUAUCGCUGUCCAAUUAAACCUCAUAUCUCCAAAACAGUAACUUAACAAGAGAUUUGAGAUUUUAUUCCAAGUAAUAAUGAAAUCAUUGUGAAAUGUCAACUGAAUGUAAAGGAUAUCUGGGUUUUUAAAUGGCGUAAAACAUUAAAAGUAGGCAGAAGAUUGGUUUUGGUAUGACAGCGAUGUUAAACUACUACAGAGUCACCUUGCAUUUGCAGUAUAUUGCAGUAUAUUACAUUUGCAGUAUUGCAGCAGUAUAGACUGACAUUUUUAUCAGUCCUUUAGGGGUGUAACAGUACAUAGUACACGUAUUUCAAAGUUCAAGGAAUUUUUUUUUCUUAAAAGUUACGCCACAAUUUCAGUUCUGCCUUUGAUAUUUGGCCACAAGCUAAUAUUUUGAUUUCAAGCACACUUGCCAUGACCUUAUAUCUUAGCCUCAAGCUAAGACUAGCCACAGACUAGCCAUGAGCUGAUAUAUUGGUCUGAGGCUAACAUACUAGCCACAGCCUAUUUUGUUAGCCUCGAUCUAAUGCGCUAGCCACAAAUACAUUAGUCUGCAGAACUUACACUAGCUAUAAUACAACAAUACAAAUCGACAUGCUAUGAUAUAGUACUUUAUGUUGUAUUAUAUCAUUGUGUUAUAGCUACUGUAUGUUAUGUAAGUAUGUGUGGCGUGCUAGCCACAAACUAAUAUAAAGUUAUAUUACUUAUGUCAGCUGUAAUACAAUGAUACAAUAAGAUGUGUUAUGGAAAAAAAGAUACAUUGUAUUGUUGAAUUAUAUCUAGUGUAAAUCAUAGAGCUCUUGGUUGGUAUGUAGCCACAAGCUAGCUUAAUGCUAGCACACCAACCAUAAGCUAUAUAAUUUACAUCAGGUGUAAUAUAACAAUAUGAUGUAAUGCAAUAAGUUAUAUUGACACAAUAUACAUUAAGACACGCUUGCAUUGUUACACCCCUAAAACCCAGUGGUUUCCUUGAGUGGUAAUUGAGAGAAGAGAGUGAUGGGCGUGUCAGCCACACAGGUUUACAUUCAUUUCUUACAUGUUUUGAAAAUCGAUACUUCCUUAUUGUAUCAUGUUCAUGUUGUUUUAGGGUAGAAUGUGUGUACUGUCCUGGCUGUUGGUAUACCAGUAUUUUCAUAUUUUAUACAUAAAUGAAGGUUAGAGAGAUUUGAGGGUCGUUAUUUCCAUUUAUUUGCAAGAUUUAUGUUUUUAAGAGAGCAGAAGAAGAAAGCAAAAUGUGGUAGGAGAUGUCCACCCAUUUUUCAAGUGAGCUAAAGCAAAAAAUGAAUGUGAUUUGAAAAGUUUGACCCCAGUGUUGAGUCAUAAUGUACAACUUAUUCAUUUCCUUUAUUUUCCCCAUGGAUAUACAGAAAACAUGUUGAUAUAUCUGCUGUUUUUUUUUCCAAGUAUUCUGGGACUUUUUUGUGUAAACUGUCUGAAGCAUAUCAAAUUUACAGCUUUCAUAUCAAAUUUCCAAGCUUUCCAAGCUUCACUGAGUAUGUUCUGAUGCAUAUUUGCAUGUGGUCCUCGUUCUGCAAAUGAAGGUGAAUGUUUACACGUUUGGUAAAUGUUAGUUUAGUUAUUGUUCAGAAUCAGUUUCUUCAACGUUCUUGGUACAAUCUUUAUUUUCUUUAAGGUGUUUUACACAUUUUGUGCUGCUUUAUGAUUAUGACUGCCUUUCUCCAAUUAGAAAUUGGGCGAUUUUCACUGCUAUGAUGUAUAUUCUCAACACCGUACGUUUGUGGCUCGGAGAAUCAGAUAUAUUCUGUAGUGAACUGAUUUAGUGAUCCAAUAGCCCUGGUUUACAUAAUCAGUUUUCCAAAGUUGAUUGAUUUUGUUGUUUUAUUUGAAUUUUAAAAGGAUCAGUAGUGAUUUCUUGCACAUUUGGAUACAGUUAAAACAUUUUUGUAUCUGCUUGUAUAAAUUAUGAAUAAAAAUGUAAAAGCA